CCUCCUCACAUGGCCCCAUUUUCAGUGUUCUCUCCAAUUGUCCUUUCACCUUUGAUACUGGAUGAAUUUUAAUCUGUAGUAUAUCGAUCCCCUAAGAAAAAGAACAUAUUUCCCUCGCAAAAAAUUAAGGUCUCUUAUGGCACACUCGGCUAAAAAGAUCAAUGCAGAGACUAAAUAUAGAACGGUAGCUGUGGCGGCAACGUCCUUUAUCAUCCUUGGAGGUAUUUGCAUUGGCUUUGGGUGGAGAUAUGUGAGUCGUGCUUGGAAUAGGAAACCAAAGCACAAUCUUGCAAGGUCCAUGUCCAUUGCAGCCAUCCAUGGAGGUAAACAGGCUUUGGAGAGAUUGGUUGAUUAUCACAAGUAUCGGGGCAAGGCAACAGAGACAGAUGUUAAUAUAAAAGAACUGGAGACUCUACUUGGAAACGAUCGACCUCGUUUCAAGGAACUUCAGCGUGUUCUUGCGAGGCUGGAAAUGAGCAGAAGAGAAGAUGAAGCAAUAAAAGUGCUAAAAAAAGCAUUGGAAAAGGCCCAAAAGGAGGGCAAAUCUCAUGAUGCUUAUGAGAUUGAAAUGUUGCUUGCGGAAAUGCACAUCUACAAGGGAGAUGCUCAAAAGGCAUUGAAGUGCAAAUGCUUAGUAGAAGAUGAAGGGGCUUCUGAUGCACGACGUCCUCUUUAUAAGGCUAUCAUUUCCUUGAUGGAGCAGAAAGAGCAAGAUGCUGUAGAACAUUGGAAAACCUUUAAAGACAUGCGAGACCUUACAGUCCCACCUGGUUUCCAUGAUGAGGAGUUCAUUGAGUUUAAGAAUGCUGUCAAUCAUCUCAAACAAGAUAUUAAUGCUGCAACGCAACUCAAAAAACAAAGGGGUGGCAAUACGAAGAAAAUAGUGCUUAUUGCACUUGAUAAGAUCAACUGGGUUAUCCAUUCAGUGGCCUCGUAA